GGGCCAGGUCCUGCUCCCCAGCCGCUGAAUUCACAUGGGAGUCGGGAAGGAUACUUGUGCUUUCGGCCUGCGUAAGAUCACGUGUCCUGUGUCCAGAUGAAGCCCUAGGUACCUACAGGAAAGGUCUCCCCACCCCCAGGAGUGUGCAAGCACAAUCUGGAUGCCCACCCGACAGAGAAGCUGCAGGGCAGGGGAACCCCUCCUCACUAGAAGACUGAUUGGGGCUCCGGAGCCUCUGGGCUUCACUGAUUCUGGUCCCUUCCUCCGGCAGCCUGCAUCUCUUGUGGAAUCUUGUCCCGUCUGGCACCUUUGUCCAACUCCCUUACCUCUCUGCCCGCAGAGUAAAAAGCAGGACCACGGCACCAACUGGGAUCUGGUAGAGACUUUCGGCACCCGGCACCCACUGUGCCCCAUCUACGCAGCUGGGUACCCCUGUGCAGCCGUGCCUUCUGCCUGGCCCUCCUCUGGACAGUACUACUGCUGAAAGACUGCACAUCUGUCCCACACAACAAGCUGUCUAGAACCUCCUGGCAGAGGUGGGUAGAUGUCAGGGCAGAGGCCGAGGGCCAGGGGCCAAGGGCCAGAGAGAGACCUACCUGUGGACACAGCUGAGAAGAGUCUGUCCUGAUCGAAGAACUGUAUCCUGAGCGUUCCGGAGCCUGAACUGUAGCUUAUUACUUCCCUAAUAAGCCCCAUAAUCGCCUUGGCCCCUCCACCAGAGGAAGAUGCUGCUGCCACCUCUCUGCUCUUCCUGAACCCCCAGUUUUCUGCCGCACUGCCCCAUGGAGGACGUGCCUGCCUCAUUCAGCUGCUCUGACUGUCAACGCCACUUUCCUAGCCUCCCAGAACUGGUCCGGCACCGAGAACUGCUCCAUCCAUCUCCCAACCGGGUCACUGAGGACACUGACCAAAUCCCCAGGCCCUACCGCUGUCAGCAGUGUGGGCGGGGCUACCGUCAUCCCGGGAGCCUGGUCAACCACCGCCGCACCCACGAGACUGGCCUUUUCCCCUGUACCACCUGUGGCAAGGACUUCACCAAUCCCAUGGCCCUCAAAAGCCACAUGAGGACUCAUGCUCCUGAGGGCCGCCGCAGGCACAGGCCUCCUCGCCCCAAGGAAGCCACCCCAUGCUUCCAAGGUGAGAUGGCGUCCACUGACUCAUGGAGCCAGAAGCUUGGCUCUGAGGAAGGCUGGGAAAACCAGGCAAAACAUACCGAAGAGACGCCUGGCUGUGAGUCUGGGCCUGACCCCAGGGCAGCUCGAGGUACUUGGGAGGAUCCAUCCACUAGACAAAGAGAAGGCUGGGAAAGCCAGCCAGAUCCUGAGGAGUGUACAAAGCACUGGGGGGCCACCACCAACUCUGCCAGAGCCCCGCCUCUCCCCACCCCAGCCAGCAACCUCCUUAGCAAUUUGGAACAGUAUUUGGCUGAAUCAGUUGUGAACUUCACGGGGGGCCAGGAGCCUACCCAGUCCUCUCCUGCCGAGGAGGAACGGCGGUACAAGUGCAGCCAAUGUGGGAAGACCUACAAGCAUGCUGGAAGCCUCACCAACCACCGUCAGAGCCACACCCUGGGCAUCUAUCCUUGUGCUAUCUGCUUCAAGGAGUUCUCUAACCUGAUGGCUCUGAAGAACCACUCCCGGCUCCAUGCCCAGUAUCGGCCUUACCGGUGUCCCCACUGCCCCCGUGCCUUCCGGCUCCCCCGGGAGCUGCUGGAACACCAGCAGUCCCAUGAGGGCGAAAGGCAGGAGAAGCCGUGGGAAGAGAAGGGGAUGCCAACCACCAACGGGCACAUAAAUGAGAGCAUUCGGGACCAGCUUGGUACUGCGCAGAUGCUCAACGGCUCUGGGGAACUCAGCACCCCUGGGGAGCUAGAGGACAGUAGCCUGGAGGAAUACCGGCCAUUCCGCUGCGAGGAUUGUGGACGCACUUACCGCCACGCUGGGAGCCUCAUCAACCAUCGCAAGAGCCACCAGACAGGUGUCUACCCCUGCUCCAUCUGUUCCAAGCAGCUAUUCAAUGCAGCAGCCCUCAAAAACCAUGUGCGGGCUCAUCACAAACCCCGGCAAGGGACUGGGGAGGGUAGGCAGUCAUCAGUGACACCAUCUUCCCUGCCUCUGUCUGAGACCACCCCCAAAGAAGAAGAUGACCCCACUACCGCCCUGGAUCAUCGCCCCUAUAAGUGCAAUGAGUGUGGUCGAGCCUACCGCCACCGGGGGAGCCUGGUGAACCACCGCCACACUCACCGGACAGGAGAGUACCAGUGUUCACUCUGUCCUCGCAAGUACUCCAACCUCAUGGCUUUGCGUAACCACGUUCGUGUACACUGCAAGGCUGCUCGCCGCAGUGCAGGCCCAGGGGCCGAGGGUCCCCCCAGCCACCUCGAGGUGGGAGCAGAGGCAGCCCCACAUGUAGAUCAGGGGCAUGGGUGCAAGCAUGAAGAGGAGGCCGCUGAUACCCCCCCAGGCACAGGUGGGGCACCACCACAGAUCUGUAGUGUCUGUGGGCUGCUCUUUGAAGACCCUGAGAGCCUUGACCAUCAUGGCCGGACCCAUGGGGGAGGAGAAGGGGAAAACAGCCAGGCAGAGACCAGGGUAUCACCUCCUCGGACGUUUGCCUGCCAAGACUGUGGAAAAAGCUAUCGCCACUCAGGCAGUCUUAUCAACCACAGGCAGACCCACCAGACGGGGGACUUCAGUUGUGGGGCCUGUGCCAAACACUUCCACACCAUGGCUGCCAUGAAGAACCAUUUGCGACGCCACAGUCGGCGGCGGAGUAGGCGACACCGGAGGCGGGCUGGCAGUGUGGGUGGUGGGGGCGGUGCCAAGCUCCCGUCAGCAGAGGACUGGGCCCAGGAGUUGGUGGAAGACAGUGAGAGCCCAGACUUUCCCCAGGACCCUUCAGGAGAGAGUCCUAGUGGGGCCGAAGGCAACGUGGAAAGUGAUGGGGACUGUUCGCAGGCUGAACCUGAGGGGGACAAAUGUGGGCUUGAGAGGGAUGAGGCCUGUUUCCAGGGUGAUAAAGAGCACAGAGGCGACGAGGAAGGACCAGAAAGAAAGGAGAACUGUUUUCUUGACAGCUUGGACAUCCCAGGUGAUGAGGAAGGCAAUGGGGCCCGCUUCUGUGACGGCCUCACUCGGGUGAUUGAAGACCAGAAACCAGCCGCAGACCUGCCCAGGUCCUCGCCUCCCUCUGCUGAAGCUGUCUCUAGCUGGCAGGCUGACGCCUCCCACACAUGUUCCGACUGCGGGCAUUCUUUCCCUCAUGCGACCGGCCUGUUGAGCCACAGGCCCUGCCAUCCACCAGGCAUCUAUCAGUGCUCCCUCUGCCCAAAGGAGUUUGACUCACUGCCUGCCCUGCGCAGCCACUUCCGGAACCACGGGCCCGGCGAGGUGAGCUCGGCACAGCCUUUUCUCUGCUGCCUCUGUGGCAUGAUCUUCCCCGGGCGGGCUGGCUACAGGCUUCACCGGCGCCAGGCUCAUGACUCCGCUGGUGGGACUGAGGGCUCGGAAGAGGAGGGAGAGGAGGAAGGAGCAACAGAGGCAGCCUCUACCCAGAGCCCUCCAUUGCAGCUCUCAGAAGCAGAGCUGCUGAAUCAACUGCAGCGGGAGGUGGAGGCGCUGGAUGGAGCAGGCUAUGGGCACAUCUGUGGCUGCUGCGGACAGACCUAUGACGACCUGGGGAGCCUGGAGCGUCACCACCAAAGUCUGGGUGGUGCUUUUGGGAACACCAUAGACAAGGCACCCAGCCACUUGGAAGAGUCAGGUAAUGGCACAGAGAUGGUUACAGAUGGUGUCUGUGAGGGCACAGUGACCUCAGUCUCUGGGGAGGGUGCAGACAUGAAGUCUGGAGAGGGAGGAGGUGCCACAGUUGCAGAAAACUUUUGCAUGCAGGGUGGUGAAAGUUCCUUGGAGGCCCAGCCCCGGCCCUUCCGCUGCAACCAAUGCGGCAAGACCUAUCGCCACGGGGGUAGCCUGGUGAACCACCGCAAGAUCCACCAGACUGGAGACUUCAUCUGCCCUGUCUGCUCCCGCUGCUAUCCCAACCUGGCUGCCUACCGGAAUCAUCUACGAAACCACCCCCGCUGCAAAGGCUCUGAGCCCCAGGUGGGGCCCAUCCCAGAGGCGGAAGGUAGCUGUGAGCCCCAGAUCACGGCAGAGGAGGGCCUGGGGCAGGCGGAAGUGGAGAAGCUCCAGGAAGAACUUAAAGUGGAGCCCUCAGAGGAACUGGCAAGGGUGAAAGAAGAGGCAUGGGUGGAGACCACUGUGAAGGGGGAGGAGACAGAGCUGAGGUUGGAGACUGCAGAGAAGGGCUGCCAGACUGAAGCCAGCUCUGAGCGGCCCUUCAGCUGCGAGGUGUGUGGUCGGUCAUACAAGCACGCAGGCAGCCUCAUCAAUCACCGGCAGAGCCAUCAGACCGGCCACUUCGGCUGCCAGGCCUGCUCCAAGGGCUUCUCCAACCUUAUGUCCCUCAAGAACCAUCGGCGCAUCCAUGCGGAUCCCCGGCGUUUCCGGUGCGGCGAGUGUGGGAAGGCCUUCCGCCUGCGGAAACAGCUGGCCAGCCACCAGCGAGUCCACGUUGAGCGGCGUGGGGGUGGGGGCUCCCGAAAACUGACUCGGGAAGAUCGGCCCUUCCCGUGUGGGCAGUGUGGGCGGACCUACCGCCACGCCGGGAGCCUCCUGAAUCACCGGCGCAGCCAUGAGACAGGCCAGUACAGCUGCCCCACCUGCCCCAAGACCUACUCCAACCGCAUGGCACUGAAGGACCACCAGAGGCUGCACGUAGAGAGCCGGCGGCGGCGGGCAGGGAGGUCCCGGCGGGCAGCCGUGCGCUGCGCCCUCUGUGGCCGGGGCUUCCCUGGCCGGGGCUCUUUGGAGCGCCACCUGCGAGAGCAUGAGGAGGAGACCAAAAGGGAGCUGGCCAGUGGCCAGGGAGGCCCAGAUGGCACAGGGGGCAGUGAGGGGAAGCUGGCUGGACUCGCGGGCAGAUCAUGUGGUAAUGAGGCAGUACCUCAGCUGGAGGAUGGAGCCAUGCGGUCAGGUGAGCACGGUCAGAGCACCAUCAGGGCAGCAGGUUCAGAAGCCAGAGGGCCACUGUCUAGGGGGAUCAUGGGGAAGGCAGAUGGGUGGCAAGGAGACAGGGGACCAGUGAAUCAUGAUGGAGGUUGGGUUCCUCGGGGUCAGGUACCGACUAAUCCCAAAGACGAGUCAUGGGACAGUGUCCCCAGGAGCCCUUGCCACCUUGGCAACAGCAAGCCCAGUGAACCUAGUAUGAGUCAUAGGAAUAGCUGGAACGAUGGAGACAGCAGCUCUCAGCUUCAGCCAGAGAGCCACCCCUUUUCCUGCUGCCAGUGUGGCAAGACCUACUGCCGAUUAGGCGGGCUUUUGAACUACCACAACACUCACAAGACAGACCGUCACUAUUGUCUGCUCUGCUCCAAGGAAUUCUUGAACCCUGUGGCCACCAAGAGCCACAGCCACAACCACAUAGCUGCUCAGACCUUUGCCUGCCCUGACUGUGGCAAGGCCUUUCAGUCCCACCAAGAACUAGCCAGCCACCUGCAAACUCAUGCCAGGGGCCUCAGUCAGGUGCCACUCCAGAUGGAGGAGGCCAGGGAUCCCAAAGCUGGGACUACAGAGAACCAGGUGGGUCUCCUUGGUCAAGGGAAAGCCCAGGAGACCCCAUCAGAACCCUCUAGGGCUCCAGGAGAGAACGCUGGGAGAGCUAGUAGAGGGCAAGGAGUAAAGUCCACAGGGGCUGAAGAUGAAGAGCGGCCCUUCCGCUGUGCCCAGUGUGGGCGUUCCUACCGCCACGCUGGUAGCCUGCUGAACCACCAGAAGGCCCACACCACUGGACUCUAUCCCUGCUCCCUCUGCCCCAAGCUUCUGCCCAACCUACUGUCCCUCAAGAACCAUGGCAGGACCCAUACGGACCCCAAGCGCCACCGCUGCAGCAUCUGUGGCAAGGCUUUCCGGACAGCUGCCCGGCUGGAGGGCCAUGGGCGGGUCCAUGCACCCCGGGAGGGGCCCUUCACCUGCCCCCAUUGUCCCCGCCACUUCCGUCGCCAAAUCAGCUUCCUGCAGCACCAGCAGCAGCACCAGGAGGAAUGGACAGUGGCCGGCUCCGGAGCUCCAGCGGCACCAGCAGCGGGCAGAGGGGACUCGUCAUUGCCCCCUCCACCUACCCUGACUCCACUCCUGGACCCUUCACCCCAGUGGCCUGCAAACCUCAACUUUUCCCUCUGAACUCCAAGUCUCCAAAGAUCAGAAUAGUGGGGGGGGGGGAGGGGGGAGGGAAGGAUUUGAUCUCCAUGUUUCACUCAGGAGUAGUUUGGUCAUCCAGACUACUUAUCUCCCCUCCCCCUGUGGAGAGGAGCCUGGCUCUGGCUUCUUUCCCAGGGAGGGAGUGGGGUGUUCCUCAUGUCCCUGUCCUUGAAGGGCCUCCCUCCCCUAGCCUUUGUCACCAUGCUCUGCCCUGUGACCAGCCCUGCAAGAAGCCUAGUGGCAUGUUCUGCCGAGGUCCUGGGCAGGGCCCACCCGCCGAGGACUCCAACCCCAGGGAGAGGCAGAGUCAGAGAGCCAUGGGCAAGAAUGUUGCCUGUGGAAGGGGAGCCUUUUGCUAUAAUUUGUAACUUAUUUUCUAAAGUCUAUUUUGUAACAAUUUAUUUAAGUUUAAAAAAAGGAAAAUUGCUCCCCCCCCCCCAAAAAAAAAGGAAAUUUUCAAAACA